AUGAUAACUCUUCGUCUUCAACUUUCAUUAUUUAUCUUCCUCCUUCAAUUCGCUUCUUUUUCAAACGCUUCUUCUUCUUCUCAUUCCAAUCUCACACACAUUUUCCAGGAUAUUUUGAAGGCAAUUUCAGCGAAGCAAAACUGGGAUUUCAACGAUGUGACAAUUUUCAACUUCGAUGUUGCCAAAAUUAGGUUUGGAACUUCCCAAAACUACGAAUUCCGAAUUGGUUCCGGUAAGAAUAACUUCACCGUCAAAUUCUCUGAUCAAGUUGCGUCUUGGAGUAACAAGUUUGCCACACCGAAACCGGAUUUAGAUUCUCUUGUUAAUCAACUCAGUUCGACUGUUUUCCUUGAUGAUGUUAAACUGGAAGGUCCCUUUGAGUUGCGGGUUGAUGAACUUCACCACCUUUCACUCUCUUUGCCUAUGAAUGUUUCACAUAUUGGUUUGAAACACAUAAUUGUUGGUGAAGGGAUUACGGUCGAAGUAAGAAGAGCACGGGAAAUCUCUUUUUAUUAUUGGCCGGAUCUUGAUCUGCACAUGAAUGGAAGUGUUGUGUAUAACAAAGGGAAGACUGAGUUCUGGUCCUUUUUGCAAUCUACAUGUGUGCCGCUAAUUCCCUUACGCGUAAUAGGUUCUGCAUCAUUGAUUGCUUAUGGAACUCGGAACCCUAAUGCACAUAUAGAAACUACAUUGAUUUCCGAAGACACUGUUGAGUUGCUUCCAGAAAAAUGUUACCAUGGUUCUGUGUUCAGAAAGCGACCAUGCCCGGUUGCUUCCUCAAGUUUGAGAUUAAGUUUGUUGGAGAGAAUUUUGAGAAGUCUUCUUGGUCAUAAGAUCCUUCAACAUCGACUUUCUGGACUUAUCAAAGCAAAUAUCAAAGCAUCUGCUGCUGUAAAGUUCCCUCUAGAAUUGGAAAGAGGCAUAGGAAAUAACGACACUCUUAGUACAUUGCCAGAUUGGAGAACAAGGCCAAGUGUCGAAAGGGUCUGGUUUGAGAUAUUGGCUAGAGUUGAAGAAAACAAGCUCAAGCCUCUUUCAAUCAAGAAAGUUAAACCUUUUAUUGAAUCUAAUUCAGUUUCUUGGGCUAAUUUAAUGUCUAAUAUGUCAUAUACAAAGUUGCGGCCGGUUCUUCUUCCUCCAGAAGCUCUUACACUCGAUGUGAAAUGGUAG